AAGGGGCGCUGCCAGUUAACUGGUAAUCAAGAGUGAUGUUUGCCGGGUAACCAGUUAACUAUUUACCCAUUCAUGUACCUAUUUACUGCUAGUAUUUUAAUGGUUACAUGGUUAUUUUUAAACCAUGUUUUGCAUCCCUACUUGACAUGCAGCCUUUGUGCAGACAGGACCCUCCCCUCACAGUGUCUCCACCCACCUGCCACCUUCCUGGUCCUAGUGUCAUUGGAUGUGGGGCAUCAGAUUUCCUUUCUUCCCCUGGGACUCUGGCUCUGUCCUUGCAAACCUCAUCCCAAUCCUCAACCAGGGGACUCAACCCUCUGCUCCAUGGCAACUCCCAAUUUCUUCUCUUUGGAACCCCUCCAGGCUUGAUAUUUUAAUAGGUUUCUCCUGCUCACCUGCUGUGACUCCCUGGACACCACAGUUCCUCUUCCACUUGGUCUGCUCCAGACACUGCACCUGAGCCUCCCUGCUUGGCAAAGCCUUCUGCAAAUGGUUCUCUUGAAACAUCUAACUUCCUGGGCAGUGCUGCUGAGAGCCAGGAGCCUGCAUGCCCUGUUGGGACUGUGGCAGGGCCUUCCUUUCCCACUGCCCCCUUCCUGGCUCUGGCAUCACCAGAUGUGGGGGCUUGUCUGUCAGAGCUGAGUGGCUAAAAAAAUGACAAGGUAGAGCUAGAUAGGGGAGGACUGAGCUUCCCUGUAGCCUUAGCCACCUUUUGCCUGUGCAAGUUUCAAAGUGGAGUAGAGCAAAGCAUGCUCCUGAGCUUUUAGUGUGCAGCAGCAGGGUCCACACAGACCGUGCACAGCAGACUAGUGUGAGAGAGAUUUAUAUCUCAGCUUGUCACAUGCUAAUUCUUCAAGUUAUAGAGAAACUACAUGACUUGCCUGGAUCACACAGGAAGUCUGUAGCAGAACAGAGGUAAACUCAGGUAUACUGGGCUGUGCCUUAAUCCACAGUGCUAUUCUUGUAAUGGUAAUAUUGAAGUCAGGUAAGACCAGCGUUCUCACUUGUCUGUCAUGCAGGAGUUUACUGUGGCUACUUCUCGGAUGCCUUUCAAAUCACUGAAAGUAGACUGAGCACUGGAGAAUGUUCUGCAAGGAACAAUCAGGUGUGUGUGUAUGGGAGUAAAAUAUGGCCUACUGACAAUACACCUUUUACUACUGCCUGUGAUCUUUUUUUUUUUUUAAAGGGAUCUAUAUCCUUUAAAUUAGGACAUUUAACUACUGAGUGUGAAGCUGCUGGGAUGAGAAAUAAGAGGUCUUGCUCUUCUCCUGAAGAAAGUGGGCUGUUCUCUCCAGGUGUCGCAGGACUGCUCAUUGUUCAAAUGUAUGGAGUGAGUCGCUCCUCCUAGGUAACAAGAAGGGCUCAGUUUGAAGGAGGCUCUUUAGAAACCCUGGUGGAACCACUUUCCCAAAGGCACAAUGAUAGUGGUGACUGGAGUCAUGUCAGCGCCCGAGUUGGGUUCCACUGCCACUACCCCUGUUGCAGCCCCCAACUUCUCCUGGAUGCCUGACGAUGGCAGCCCCACGGCUAUGGAGCAGCCAAUAUUCCUAAUGACCACUGCGGCUCAGGCCAUCUCAGGUUUCUUUGUGUGGACAGCUUUGCUCAUCACCUGCCAUCAGAUUUACAUGCACCUGCGCUGUUACAGCUGCCCCAAUGAGCAGCGCUACAUUGUCCGGAUCCUCUUCAUUGUGCCCAUUUAUGCCUUCGAUUCCUGGCUCAGCCUCCUUUUCUUCACCAAUGACCAGUACUAUGUUUACUUCGGCACUGUGCGGGACUGUUAUGAAGCCUUUGUAAUCUACAACUUCCUCAGCCUCUGCUAUGAGUACCUUGGUGGGGAGAGCUCUAUCAUGUCUGAGAUCAGAGGGAAAUCUAUCGAAUCCAGUUGCAUGUAUGGGACUUGCUGCCUGUGGGGGAAGACAUAUUCCAUCGGAUUCCUGAGGUUCUGCAAACAGGCCACUUUGCAGUUCUGUGUGGUGAAGCCCCUCAUGGCGAUCAGCACUGUCAUCCUCCAGGCCUUUGGCAAGUACCGGGACGGUGACUUCGAUGUCACCAGUGGCUACCUCUACGUGACGAUCAUCUACAAUAUUUCAGUCAGCCUGGCGCUCUACGCCCUCUUCCUUUUCUACUUUGCUACACGCGAGCUGCUCAGCCCCUAUAGCCCUGUUCUCAAGUUCUUCAUGGUGAAGUCUGUCAUCUUCCUGUCCUUCUGGCAAGGGAUGCUGCUGGCUAUUCUUGAGAAGUGUGGUGCCAUUCCCAAGAUCCACUCUGCCAAUGUGUCUGUGGGUGAAGGUACUGUGGCUGCUGGCUAUCAGGACUUCAUCAUCUGUGUGGAGAUGUUCUUCGCAGCCCUCGCCCUGCGCCAUGCCUUCACCUAUAAGGUCUAUGCAGACAAGCGUCUUGAUGCACAAGCUGUUCCAUCGUAUGGGCCCUACGGUCGCUGCGCCCCCAUGAAGAGCAUCUCCAGCAGCCUCAAGGAGACCAUGAACCCCCAUGAUAUUGUCCAAGAUGCCAUCCACAACUUCUCCCCUGCCUACCAGCAAUACACCCAGCAGUCCACACUAGAGCACGGUCCACCCUGGCGCAAUGGCAGCCAUAUAAUCUCACGCUCCCACAGCUGCUCGGGUGCCCGGGACAAUGAGAAGACCCUCCUGCUGAGCUCGGAUGACGAGUUCUAAAAGAGGCCCCCGCCCCAAAGCUCCUCCCUGAGGCCAGUGGCUGCAACCAUCCCAGUGUAGCCUGGAACCUUCCUCUUUAUUUAUUGAACCAGAAGUCAUGUCACUUCCUGAAUGGUGCUCAGUGCAGAAUUGGGCACUUCCCAGUAGCUUUUGUGGGUGUGACGUCAUGACUGGGGGGUAUUGGUUGGGACUGUGUUUUCACACAUUCUCUAAAGCAAAGAUCAACUGGACCAUGUUUUUUUCUCACUAAUAACUGUUUAAAAAGCAUGAAACACACAUGGCAAUAGAGGAGCCCUAAGAAAAAGUGAACCCUUUUAUUUUUUUCAAGAGUAGGGGGAUGAGUAUAGGAAAAACUUCAGGAAAUGAGGUCAUAUCCUCCCACCACUUGGGCAAGUUUUGUGGAACAUGAUUGGCUGGAAUGAGAAGUGGCCAAAACUUUUUUUUUCUCGGUGAACAGCUACAUUACUUUGUGCUCUGUUUUUGCGUAGUGGUUAACAAGGACACGGCAUAUCCCCCCCUCUACCCACCACCACACACGGCAUAUCCCCUCCUCCCUCCCACACACACAUUGUUUCCCUCUUUUUCAGCUCCUCCCUAUUAAUGUCUCUGUACCCUUUGGGCAGUAUGAUAGACACACCUGUAAAAUUCCUGAUGACCAUAUCAGACCAUCAGUCCUCUCUGCUUCUCUGUUCUCUGGCUAUUGUUGGAGGCUUUUGUUGAAAAGAAAUCCAUUUCCCAAUACCCCUAAUUAUGCAAUAUUGUACUUCCGGGACAGAGAGGGCGACAAAUUUCUUCCCAAUCCCAGCUGGUAAUCAUGUAAAGCCCUGCAAGAUGGGCAUAUUUGAGCCAUUUUUUCCCUUUUGUGGGUGAGGAGUUUUAUGAUCACAUGGGUGGUUAGACUUCCCAUCUUACUCCUGCCUUAUAGAAGUAGAAUUCCUCCAUGAGUGUCUGGCUGUCCCUCCUAGUAAGUCUUCGCACCAGCCAUACUCAGUAACUAACGUUAAAUACUUGUGGUUAGAGGUUAAUAGAAUAUAUUUCUGUGUAGUGGGGACAUUUUAACUCCAAACUGUCUCUCUUUGAGACUCUCUUCCCCUUCCAGAACUUUAUCUUGCAAAUAAAUUCUAGAACAUGCACCAUUCCUUCCCCACUCUUCUGACAGCCUCCUGCCAAUCUUGUCACCCAUUGAUUUGCCUUGCAGAUUGAAGGCAUAUUGCAACUAGGAUGGGAUGUUAAAUACUCCCUCCUCAUCUUCCUCUUUGGUCAGGGCUUAACUGGGUCUGUUGGAGUUGUUUACACAUGGUGGCCAAUCUGUCAUGCACCUGCGUUGUCCCAUGAUCGCCCAGGGCUGAGUUGCUACUCUAUAAUCCCUGUCAUGACUAAUGUUGUAAAGGCUUGAGCCAAAAGCCACUGAAGUUGGUGAGAUUCUUUCCAUUGGCUUCAGUGGGCUGUGAAGGUGGCCUUUGAGGGCCAGCAGAGGGACAAUAAAGUCUCCCAGAAGAGCCAAAAAUCUUGCCAGGCACAAAAAAAUGCCUAUUAUUGGACUUCCCUGCUGCUGCUCUGUGCCUGUAUUAAAACUGCCCACUGAAAGGGAACUGAAACCAGGUGGUUAACAUAAAGCUGCUGCUUUUCCUCCCAGCUGGGCUUCUCUUCGUUCCUUCCCCAUCAUUAGGAACAGUCCUAAGCUGCUACUAUGGCUUAUGGCCCCUUGGCUAGUUGGAGUCAGUGAGCACCUGUUCUGUCAUGGUGUGUCCAGCCCCUCGGCUGCGGGAGGCCUGAUGGGAGGAGCUAGGGCCUGACUUCUUUUGCAUGUGUCUUCCCCUACUUGUCUGUGCCUUAAUUUUCACAAGCAAAGAUCCCAGCUGCAGCACCUUUGGAAAUUACCUAUUCAGAAAUGGUCUUGUUGGUGGAGAGUGUAUAUGGGCUAGAGGCGAGCCUGUUUCUCCUUGGGAUGUCAGUGCACGUGUGGUUUGCUUUCCACUUUAUGCUAUUGAGAAUAUUCUCUAGGGAGGUGGGUACAUUCAGAACACCUUCCGCUCCCCCUACCUCAAAGCUGCCAAAGGGCCUACGGACAAUAGGGAGGGUGGUUUCUCUGAGGGGGGUGGGAGCAGAACAUCUAAAAGCACUAUUGGUAUCCCCUCAGCCUUUAGUCCCAGGCAAUAUAUGGUGCUUCCUUCCCACCCCACCCCUUUAGUCAUUCACUGCUUAACUGAAACAAACACUAAUUAUCAGGCCUUUCUCCACCUGCAGUCCUACCACGAUGGAGGACUGAAAUUCACACAGGCCUGCCUUUGCUUCACAACUAUCCCUCAUCUCUCUCAUUACUUAUUGACUCUCUCAGGGGGCCACAGAACCCUCCUUUUUUAACAGGGCUGUCCAGUCCCUGUAUUUCCAGCUGCCAUGUGUCCCCAACCCCCUAUCUCACUUUAAUUUGUUUGUAGUGAGUCUCCUGAUGUCCCUCCCUUGGGUGGAGGGAGGUGGCUGAAGUUUGGAGUGGCCUGGGGUGGUGCCCUUGACCCUAAGAUAUUCAGACUUUUAGGGAGGGUUUUUUUAUUCUAUUUUAAAGCGGAUGCUGCAUGUGCUGUGUGUAGGAUCUGGAUAUUCUUGAAGCUUCCUGUGCUUAGUGGUUUAAAGUAUAACCCUUUUGGCACUAGUCGCCUUUGGAAAAACAAAGAAACGUGGUAGACUCUAGAGCCGCAUCACAGCCAGCUGCCAUAUGCUUGGUUUUAUCACUACAGAAACCUCUCUGCAAAGCUUGCUGCUUACCUUCAAGAUGGGCAAGUGCCAGAACGUGAAACUGACUGGCUGGCUAAUAAGAAACAAGUACUCGAUACAACUUAGUGCUGGAGGUCUGGGCUAAUCAGUCCAUUGACGGCGUAUAUCCAGCUAAUGGUAGCUCAGAACCCUCGCACCUAGGCCAGUCCCCACAGUAGGCCCUCAGUGCUGCCCACUCCCUCUCCUGCUCUUUCUCCUGUGCCCUUUUUUACCAUGUAACUUACCCAUGGGAUUUGUUUAUUUUUUUUCCAUAUAGAGUAGUUCUUUGUAUAUAAACGACUGGAAAAAAUGUAUGAUAAAUAAGACAGAGUCACCUAGUUUUGUACCUAUCGUGUAUAACUUGUGAGCUCAGCGACAAGCCGCUCUCUAUUUUGGUCUUUGUGAUGUUAUAAUACUCUGCAGAUACAAGCAAAUAAAAUGACAAAUAAAAAUAUAUAGAUUGUA